AUUUUCAAAACAUAGUAACUGUUUAAUAACCAAAAAAUUUUAGAUUUUACAUCGACAUAUUGAUUUUUGCAAUUUUCAAAUAUGAGAAAAGAAAUUAUUAUUUAUACUAUAUUUUUAUUAAUUUAUGUGAAUGCAAAUAAUGAUGUAAAAUUAAACAAAAAAAAAUCAUGGCGGGAUAAAGAUAUACGCGAUAUGACUGAUGCGGAUUUAGAACACUUGUUAGAUCAAUGGGAGGAAAAUGAUGAACCAUUGGAACCAGAUGAAUUACCAGAACAUCUUAGACCUAGUCCAAAAAUUGAUAUAUCCAAACUUGAUAUGUCAAAUCCUGAUAAUGUACUAAAAAUGACAAAGAAAGGUAAAAGUGUAAUGAUGUUUGUGGAUACUAAUGAAGAUAUGUCUGCUGAAAAAGCUGAAAUGAUAAUGCGAAUUUGGCAAACUAGUCUUCAAAACAAUCAUAUAAUUGCAGAAAGGUAUCCAAUUGAUCAAAAAAGAUCUGUUUUUUUAUUUCAUGAAGGAUCACAAGCUGUAGAUGCUAAAAAUUACUUUUUACAACAGCCAGAAUUAUCUCAUGUGACACUUGAAGGCCAAACUUAUUUUAGAGAUCCAAAAAAGCAGGAUGAAAAUAUGGCAAAAAUUAAUAAAAUAGAAAAUAAACAAAAUGUUAAAAAGGACAAUGAUAAAAAAAAAGUGGAGUUGUAAUUUAUUAUAACA